AUGGACCGCGCAACGCGUUCAGAAGGCCUCGGAAAUGCCCCUUUCCACGGAGUGUUCCAUACAAUCCUCAGCAUCAUCAUCCUCGGCUUGUCGGCAUUCCUUUUCCACCACUACAAGGAAGGCGGCGAUGACUAUUUCCGCCCACUGCGCAAUGUAUACCUCUAUGAUCUUAUAGUAUCUGUAUUAGCUAUUGGAGGUGGUCUUUUAAUCUGCUUACCGAUCAUUGGUCGACCAAUCGUGCUCGCCAUUGCCCUUCUAAUCCCCCUGUUGUACAUUGGAGGCUUUGGGUGGACAGAGUACGAACACCAUAAGCAUGCACGCUUCUUCCCACACCAUGGAGUGGCGACUGCACUCGUUGUGUUCUUGGGCAUUGCCGCCUUCCUCGGACUCAUCGCGUUUAUUGGCGAAAUCUCCAUCUUCCGUCGUCGCCGUGCCACCAGACCUGCUACCGUUUAA